GGACGGGACGGAGCGGACCGGCGGAGCCGGGCGGACCGGCCGCGCAGUCAUGGAGCCCUGGACCGCGGAACCCCGAGGUCCGGCGCCCGACUACUACUACGAUUACUACAACGGCAGCGGCGGCGGGGCGUGCGGCGGCGGCGACGACGAGGCGGAGGACUGGGAGCUGUCCUACUCGCUGCUGCCCGUGCUCUACAUGCUGGUGUUCGUGCUCGGCCUGUCGGGCAACGGCGUGGUGAUCGUGACGGUGUGGCGGGCCCCCGGGGGCGCGGGCGCGGCCAAGCGGCGCGCCUCGGACGCCUACAUCGGCCACCUGGCGCUGGCCGACCUGGCCUUCGUGGUGACGCUGCCUCUGUGGGCCGCCUACACGGCGCUGCGCUUCCACUGGCCCUUCGGGGCCGCGCUGUGCAAGCUCAGCAGCUACUUGGUGCUGCUCAACAUGUUCGCCAGCGCCUUCUGCCUCACCGGCCUCAGCUUCGAGCGCUACCUGGCCGUGGGCCGCUCGCUGGGCCGCCGGGCCGGUCCUGCCCCGCAGCGCGCCCGGCCCGGGGCGGCCGCCGCGCUGGCCGCGCUCUGGCUGCUGGCCGCGGUGCUGGCGCUGCCCGCGCUGCUGCUGCGGGACACGCGAGCGCGGCCGCCCGCCAACCUCACGGUGUGCGACAUGGACUUCAGCGGCGUGGCGGCCGCGCCCGAGCACGAGGCCUACUGGCUGGGCGGCCUGAGCCUGGCCACCACGCUGCUGGGCUUCGCGCUGCCCGCGGGGCUCAUGGGCGUCUUCUACUGCUGCAUCGGCUGCGCCGUGAGCCGUCACUUCGGGGCCGUGGGCCGCGCGCGGGGGGCUGCGGGCGCGGAGCGGGCCAUGCCACGGGGCCGGGGCCAGCGGCGGCGCCUGCUGCGCCUGCUGGCCGCUCUGGUGGCCGUGUUCGCGCUCUGCUGGCUGCCCUUCCACGUCCUCAAGAGCCUCUACGUGCUGAGCUGGCUGGGGCUGCUGGGGCUGCCCUGCGCCGUGCAGGCUCUGAUCGUGCGCCUGCACCCCUAUGCUACCUGCCUGGCCUACGUGAACAGCUGCCUCAACCCGAUCCUCUACGCCUUCCUGGACCGCCGCUUCCGCGCCCAGUGCCGCCGACGCCUGCCGCUGUGCCGCUGCUGCCUGCUGCGGCCGCUGCUGCCCGGCUGUCCCGGGCGCCGCGCCUGCCUCGCCGCAUCUGGGCCCCAGCCCGAGGAGCCCGCGGCGCCCGCCUCGUCCAGCGCCAGCGGAGCCAGCAGCCCCACGCAGCGCUCCGAGCUGGCGUCGCUGGCCACCAAGGUGUGACGGCACGGGCGGUGCGUGGACAGAGACCUCUUACCUGGCUGGCCCGCGCUCUGCUGGCACCCGGGGAUCUGGGCAGAGGGAGGGGGGACACCGGGGACCAGACCAAGCUGUUUGUGUGUUUGAGUGUGGGUGCCCGGAGUCCAAUAAAACCCUCGGCAGGAAAGGCAA